GCCGCGAGCAGAAGACACAUCACGCGCGUCGACGGACGGGAGUUCCCUUGUAGACCUAUCUUGAAAACGCCCCUCUGUCUUUCCUCUGCACCCCUCACGCCUUCCAUUCUCCGGGGCUAUCUCCCUUGACGGGAAAAUAAGCUGCGGGUUGACGUUGGUGUAGCCUAACGCUUUCGUUGGCCUGUGGACUUCGAUGGUCCACAUUUGGACUGAAGACUGACAGUUGGACCCAACCGGAGCAGAAUUUGCAUUCCAUAAACAUGCCAACAGAAAAAGGAUUGCCUAUUGAGAUAAAGAGUUCCAUGGAGGGCGAUGUUGGAAGGAUCAAUCAGGAUCAUGACAGUAGGACAUCAGAGGACCAUCACGGGGAUAUCGACAGCCCUGAGAAGACCCCCAGCAAGGCAUCAAAAUCUCCCCAGAAAUCCUCCAAACGCCCCAAAACCAUUCCUGUCAAAAUCACCCUCCUGGAUGGCUCAGAGUAUGAAACUGCAGUAGAGAAAUUUGCCCGGGGGCAAUCCGUGUUAGACAUGGUGUGUGAUCAUCUAAACCUGCUGGAGAGGGACUACUUUGGCCUGACGUUUUAUGACACAGACAACACCAAGAAUUGGCUGGACCCGUCAAAGGAGAUCAAGAAGCAAAUCCGAAUUGGCUCAUGGCAUUUUGGCUUUGCUGUCAAAUUCUACCCACCGGACCCAUCUCAGCUAAUCGAAGACAUCACCAGGUACUACCUGUGUCUACAACUGAGGGACGACAUGCUCUCCGGGCGUCUGCCCUGCUCCUUCGUGACCCACGCCCUGCUUGGCUCCUACACAGUGCAGGCGGAGCUGGGGGACUAUGAGCCAGAGGAACAUGGGCCUGACUAUGUCAGUGACUUCCGUUUUGCCCCCAACCAGACGAGGGAACUGGAGGAGAGGGUGAUGGAGUUACACCGCAACUACAGGGGAAUGAGUCCAGCAGAGGCAGAAGUGAACUUUCUAGAAAAUGCCAAAAAGCUUUCCAUGUACGGUGUAGACUUGCAUCACGCUAAGGAUUCAGAGGGUAUUGACAUCAUGCUUGGCGUCAGUGCGAAUGGACUUCUAAUCUACCGUGACCGUUUGAGAAUCAACCGCUUUGCCUGGCCGAAGAUCCUCAAAAUAUCCUAUAAGAGGAGCAACUUCUACAUCAAAAUACGCCCUGGGGAGUAUGAACAGUUUGAAAGCACCAUCGGCUUCAAGCUGCCCAACCACCGGGCUUCCAAACGCCUGUGGAAGGUCUGCAUUGAACACCACACCUUCUUCAGGUUGGUGUCUCCAGAACCCCCUCCCAAGGGCUUCCUGGUGAUUGGCUCCAAAUUUCGCUACAGUGGGCGGACCCAGGCCCAGUCUCGUCAGGCCAGUUCACUGAUCGACCGCCCAGCUCCACAGUUUGAUCGAUCAGUUAGCAAGAGGUAUCUGCUACCCCGCAGUGUGGAUGGAGGCUCUGCCCAGGGAGAGUGCACGGACCAGCUGUCCCAGCGCAGCUCCAGUGAUCACACCCAGUUCCUGUCCAGGGAAGACCUGGACCAAGAGGGCAGUCUGGAUCUAGACCAGGAUCAGGAGUACCAAGACCAGGAGUACCAGGAUCAGAAUGAGGAGAAUGAUGGUGUUGCCACAUUCACCAGGUCCAUGGAGCUCAAGGGUGAGGAUGCAGGCUCGCCGGUAGACUCAAAGCCUGAGCAGCAGUUCCUGGACAAGCCUGAGGAUGUCCUGCAGAAGCACCAGGCCAGCAUCAAUGAGCUGAAGAGAGCUCUCAGAGAGCCCAACAGCAAACUGUUACAGAGGGAGAAACGCCUGUCCUCUGCCACGCCCCCCGGAGGCACCCCAGAGAGGAAACAAGAGACCCCCCCUACACCUGCUAUUCAUGAGGAAUCUUUUGAUGAAGCGAUGAGGGAGCCGUGGGAACGGCGGAUUGGCUCUGUGUCGGAGGAUGACCAAGACCAUGAGACCCUUUACCUGAAGGAAACCCACCUGGGAAUUGAGCGCAAGUGUUCCAGCAUCACAGUCAGCUCUACGUCUAGCCUGGAGGCCGAGGUGGACUUCACUGUCCUCAUGGACCUCCACACAGGCAUGGAGGAGUUUUCGAGGGGCAUGACGGAGCUGGGCGAGAGGCCUCUGUCACCCGAUGUGGGCCUCAGUCUGAGCAUCGACCAGUUUCAGCAGCCCAUGACCCCCGUUGUCUCAGUUCCUCCAACCGGGGCCAGUAGCAGCCCUCCAGCCAAGCAGCUGUACACCGAGGAGCUCCGUCACCAAGAGCAUGGUGUGCCGAGAAAACCAAAGAGGUCAGUGCCUAUUGCCAGAGAGCAGUCACAGAGAGAGACUACUUACACAUCCCCGAUGACAGCGCUGAGCAGAGAGGCUAGUGAAGUUGUCGCCUCUCACGCACUGAGGAAGACUGAGAUCAAGGUCGACAGGGACCAGACUGUGAGAGAGACAACGUAUGUGGCUCCAAUGACAGCGCUGAGCAGAGAGGCCAGUGAUGUUGUUGCCAGCCAUGCACUGAGGAAGACCAACGUCAGGGUUGAAACACAGCCGAAUGGGUCAGAGGUCACCACAACCAUUGUGGAGUUCUCAGGUCAGGAUCACGGUGUGACCGUAAGCAGUAUAGGAGAAACGUCUUAUUCAACGACAGAGGGUGUUUCCCCUGUGCACAUGUCUACUUUGAGGAGAGAGGCAUCUGGAUCUCCAAUACUUGUUGCUGAGAAUGUCACCUCUGCAACCACACAUGUGACCAAGACUGUGAAAGGGGGCUAUUCAGAGACCAGAAUUGAAAAGAGGAUCAUAAUCACAGGAGAUGACGAUGUUGACCAGGAGCAGGCUCUUGCUAUUGCAAUACAGGAAGCCAAGCAACAACAUCCAGACAUGUUGGUUACCAAGGCAGUAGUUGUCAAAGAAACAGAGUCAUCUACUGAGGAUCCACACAGGAAAUCUUAGGCCUGAUUCUUGUGAAAUGAGCGCCUCCCUCAGGAGCAGACCUAUUGGUGCCUGAGCUACCUGAGACUACCGCUCCCUUGUACCACCCUGACCACUGCUAAUGGGGCUCCAACACACACGUUCUACUCCAACCUUUUAUUUAUUAACCUUUCCCCUGGCAAGUGUGGCACAAUAUGGAAUUGUCAUAAAUAAUUUCAGUCUCUGUAAUAACUUAACAGAUUGAACAAAGAAGUUGUACCAGAAUGCCUUGUUCCAUUACUGGAAGGUUUCUCAGUCUAGUACACCUGUUGGUACUGGUCUGAAAACAUGAGCAAAACAACUGGGUUUUAAAACAACUGUUUUUACUACAUAAUACAGUUCCUGUCAGAAAUCAACAUGUCGUAGCAGCUUAGGAGAAUUAAUGCAGCAGGUUAGGAUAGUUAACGUAGCUGGUUACAAUAAUUAGGUCAACGUUAGAAAAACAGUUAGGGUUACAUAUGCAGCAUACUUUUUUAUUGAAAAUGUCACAUUAAGUUGUAUCCUAUUCAGAGAUUUUGCUUAACUUGCCUUUGUAUAUUAUCCUCCAAGUAAACUAAUGGGAAAUGUAUUCCUGAAUGUGGAUGCAAAUUUCAGGAGCUGUUGUCCUUGAACUGUGGUCAUCCCAUCAUAUUCUCUAACGAGUCUCACAAAAUAUAACGGCUGCCACCACAAUCCACAACCAUACCCACCUUUGAAAGGCGGGAUAUGUUUUAGACCACACAUGCUUAGUAUGAGAUGGACUACAAUUUGUUGGGAAGUCCUACUAAGUAACUUUGGCAAAACUUUAAUGCUCAAUGAAUUUUACAGCAUUGUCCAUAUGCUCAUAAUGCACUAUGAUGACGUAAUAAUGCAGUAUAAGUACCGUUGGUGACACACAAAGACUCCUAUAGACUGAUAUCUCUGUAUUCCAAUAUUCCUAAUGCAUUAUAAGCAUUAUCAUAAUGCCUUAUAAUGUACAGUAAUAUAGUGCUUAUAACUGCUGUUGUCACUUUUUCGUCAAGGAUCAUACAGCAUUAUACUGACCCUCAUUGUGAUAUCAAUGAGCAGCGCAUCAUUAUUACUGCAUCAUAAUGUUUGUUAUGGUGUGUUGUAGCAUCCCUAGGAGCCGCCCUGGCACAUUUUAUUAACAUCAGGGCUGUCAGAGUUAAUCAGUUAACUCUAGUUAACUCGGUGUAUUAUCUGUGCACUUUGUUGUUUUAUCACAAUUCAUUAUAUUCUCUGAAAGUUUUGAAAAUACACUAACAACUUCCAAAACAGAUUUAUAUACCUACAGUCUCCAGUCACAGAAAAAACAAAAAAUGCUCAAUGCAUUGGCCUAGUUUUUGUAAUGGUUACCAAAGCUUUUAUAGCUAAGCAAGAUAGACCGAACACACUGUCGUUUCCAAUAAGAGGCUAGAGAAGCAGACUGAGCUCAUUCUUGCAUAUAUUUGCAUGUUUCUGUAUGAGAAACUUUAAUGUGCACCUGUAAAAUAUCUCAAUUUGCUCAUAUCUCCUUCUUAACAAAGACAUUUUUUGAAACUUUGGCAAAGGGUACAGCCUACAAACUGUAGUCCACUGUGUUCAAAAAAUAUGAAAGCUUUGGGUUAAGAAAUCUGUUAAUCACAGUUAAUCAAAUAGAAGAUAGAAUGUCAGCCUAGUUCCAUCUCACUAAAUACUCACAAAAUACAAAUUCAGGAUGUAAAUAUUCUUGCGAUGUUUUUGUAUGAAAAAUCUUAAUUUAUUGCUCACUUUUAGUAAAUUAAGAAUCAUCAUUAAUCUUAUCAUUUAGGUUUUUUUAAUGACAGCAUUAUUUAAUAAAACAGUGAAACAAAUAAAAAAAUUUAAGAAACUACAAAAUCCAUUUGGGACAAAAUCCUACAAUGUAUCUAUGCAGGAGUGCCAAAUUGCCAAUUGUAAGAAUUUAAGGCAACAUCUUUUAUGUUAUGUAACUUUUUUAAUAAAGAACAGUAAGAAAGAAUGAGCUUUGUGUUGAUUCAUCAUGAAAUGUGCUGACAGAUUCAAUUUACAUAAAGCAAACAAUGACUCCUUUAUAAAUCUACAGUAACAGCUUUUGAUGCAUUAUGUCUAUGUAGGCAUUUUAUCACUUCACUAAACAUGAUUUAAUAUAGGCUUAUAAGUAUGCUAACACACCAUAAUAAAUAUUAUGAUGCAGAACCUUUUUUACAUUACAUUCUUAU